AUGCGAUUUUCACAGACUCCUCCGAGCUUGAUCAGCUUGCUGCUCGUCGCACUCUCCCAAAUCAAUACAGUCAGUGCAGGACCAUUUCCCAAAGAUCCAUUGCAUGAUCUGCUGGGCUUAGGAUGGCUACAACCUCGAGACUGCGCAUCAUACUGCGGCGCCGAAAACCAAUACUGUUGUACAACAGGGCAAGCAUGCUUCACCAAUGCUCAGAAUGUUGCAUAUUGUAGCGCAGGAGCAGCAGUGUCGGGCUAUGGAGUCUACACCACAACCUGGACAGAGACCGACCUCGUCACCUAUACCAGCACCUACAGUUCCUACUACCAAGUAGCGACCACGACCCAGGUAUGGGCAUCAGCAACCACAUACACAGCAGCUCCAGCAAUCUGCACAACAAGUUUGGGUGAAUCCUCUUGCGGUACUAUCUGCUGUGCUCAGAAUCAACAAUGUGCGUUCGCUGGGUCCUGCACAGCAUAUACCUCCACAUAUAUUGCUGCAACAAGCACAUAUUCGGCUCCUCUACGACCUACCAGUGGCGGCGUCUCAACUCAAACUUCAGUCGUAUCUGCUACCACGACCGCUCCAUUCAUCUCACCUGCCACAGCAAGCGGAAGCACGCUCCCAGUCACCUCAGCGAGCAGCAGUAGUGGUCUUUCCGCCGGAGCAAUCGCUGGAAUCGUCAUUGGUGUAAUUGCAGGCGUUAUUCUCCUCCUCCUAAUAUGCUUCUGUUGCAUUGCCCGAUCCCUGUUCGACGGUAUCCUAGGACUAUUCGGUCUCGGAAAGCGACGAAAUCGCGAUCGUCGCAGCACCGAACGAGUCGAGGUCGUAGAACGCUAUUCUCGCCAUGGAUCCGGGACCGCUUCUCGUCGAGACACGCAUAGUGGUUGGUUCGGAGGCGGAGGUGGAGGACGACCAGCACGUGUUGUUGAAGAACGCAGAACGGAGAAGAAGAGCAGCGGCUUCGGAGGCCUGGGAAUGGUUGGUGCGGGAUUGCUUGGUCUAGCAGCCGUUCUGGGAUUGAAGAGGAGAGAAGACAGGAAGGCGAAGAGUAAUGCGGCCAGGAGCGAUAUAAGUAGUUCUUACUACACAGACUCUUAUACCGGAACCAGUGCUAGCAGCCAAAGUUCAGACCGGCACACAAGGAGAUCUGGAGGAACUCGCGGAACACGCCAAACCAGCAGGCGGUAGUUUAUCCUCUUCUGGACAUUAAAUAUUGUUUGCUUGUUGCAUAUUUUCGGAGCGAUUCAUCUAACUCAUAUUUCCGGCGUUUGGCAUUGGGACAUUUUUUUCGGCAUGAAUGAAAAGAUUGUGGAUGAGCGAAAUGGAUAUACCAACGAAAGCUUGCUGAUACUGAAAUGAACGAAACUGGGGAUGUGGAUAGAUGAUUGGGAGUGCAUGUUGAAACGGAGGAAAUCUGUAUAUUGUACCUUCUGAACACACUCUUGACCCCAUAAUGGAUGAUGUUGAUAUGGUC